GGCUCCGUUCUCUCCUUCCUGGUCCUGCGGGGCAGGGACUGUCCGUGGGGCUGUGGGAGGAGGCCGUGCCCGGUGCCCGCCCAGGUGCCCCCGGCCUGGCCCCAUGGCCCUGGUCACAGUGAGCCGCUCGCCCCCGGCCAGCGGCCACUCCACGCCUGUGGGGCCCACGGCCCGGGCCAGCAAGCAGAGAAGCAGGCUCCAGCGCAGGCAGAGCUUUGCAGUGCUUCGCGGAGCAGUCCUGGGGCUGCAAGACAACGGGGACAAUGACGCCUCAGAGGCCAGCCUGGAGCUGGGUGAGGAGCAGCCCCACGGGGACCACACUGACGGGCACGGACCCCAGAAACAGGCGCAGAGGCAGCACCUGCACCGCAUGGUGGAGCUGCUGAGGCCACAGGACGACAUCCGCCUGGCGGCCCAGCUGGAGGCGGCCCGGCCCCCGCGGCUCCGCUACCUGCUGGUGGUUUGCACACGAGAACCUCCAAGCCAAGAUGAGACCGUCCUCCUGGGGGUGGAUUUUCCAGACGGCAGCUCCCCCGGCUGCACCCUGGGCCUGGUCUUGCCCCUCUGGAGUGACACCCAGGUGUACCUGGACGGAGAUGGGGGCUUCAGCGUGACUUCUGGGGGGCAGAGCCGCAUCUUCAAGCCCAUUUCCAUCCAGACUAUGUGGGCCACGCUCCAGGUGUUGCACCAAGCUUGUGAGGCGGCUCUGGAUGGCGGCCUUGUGCCUGGUGGCAGUGCCCUUGCCUGGGCCACCCACUACCAGGAGAGACUGGACUCUGACCAGAGCAGCCUCAAUGAGUGGAUGGCCAUGGCCGACCUGGAGUCUCUGCGGCCUCCCAGCGCUGAGCCUGGCCGGCCCUUAGAACAGGAGCAGAUGGAGCAGGCGAUCCGGGCCGAGCUGUGGAAGGUGCUGGACGCCAGUGACCUGGAGAGCAUCACUUCCAAGGAGAUCCGCCAGGCCCUGGAGCAGCGCCUGGGCCGCCCCCUCCAGCAGUACCGCGACUUCAUCGACAACCAGAUGCUGCUGUUUGUGGCCCAGCAGGACAGGGCCUCACGCAUCUUCCCACACCUCUACCUGGGCUCCGAGUGGAACGCGGCGAACCUCGAGGAGCUACAGAGAAACAGGGUCAGCCACAUCUUGAACAUGGCCCGGGAGAUCGACAACUUCUACCCCGAGCGCUUCACCUACCACAACGUGCGCCUCUGGGAUGAGGAGUCGGCGCAGCUGCUGCCGCACUGGAAGGAGACGCACCGCUUUAUCGAGGGUGCCAGAGCGCAGGGCACCCGCGUGCUUGUCCACUGCAAGAUGGGCGUCAGCCGCUCAGCCGCCACGGUGGUGGCCUACGCCAUGAAGCAGUACAGCUGGAGCCUGGAGCAGGCCCUGCGCCACGUGCAGGAGCUCCGGCCCGUCGUGCGCCCCAACCCCGGCUUCCUGCGCCAGCUGCAAACCUACCAGGGCAUCCUGACCGCCAGCCGGCAGAGCCACAUCUGGGAGCAGAAAGCGGGUGGGGCCUCCCUGGAGGAGCCCCUGGCCCCUGAAGUUUCUACACCACUACCGCCCCUUCCGCCAGAACCAGGGGGCAGCGAGGAGGUGAAGGCUCUGGUCUCGGAGGAGAGCCAGGCAGGGCCACGGCCCCGCAUCAGCCUCCGUGGCGUCAUGCGCUCCAUCAGUCUCCUGGAGCCCCCCUCGGAGCUGGAGGGUGUCCCGGGGGACAGCGAGCUGCCAGAGGUUUUCCCUGCCCAGGAGUCUUCAGACGAAGAGCCCUGCCCUCAGCUCUCCAGGGCCAAGGGAGACCAGGGAGACCAGUGGGCCCACAAGAGGCCGUGGCCUGCCCUCAAGUCCCGCCAGUCUGUGGUCGCCCUCCAGAGCGCUGCCCUGGUGGCCAGCCGGACCCAGGCCUUCCAGGAGCAGGGGCAGGUGGAGGCCGGCGCGUCCUCCACACCCCGCCUGCGGAAGGUGGUGAGGCAGGCCCGCGUGGACGACAGCGGAGGCGAGGGUGAGGGCUGAGUGCAGCCUCCCAGACGGCUCUGCUGCCUGUGGACCUGCCACAUUCCUCCCAGCUCCUCCCCAGGUGGCCCCAGACCCCGGCGUGACGUGACGGCCUCACCUGCCACGGCCCCAGACCCCGGCCUGACGGCCUCACCUGCCACGGCCCCAGGCUCAGACCCAUGUCCAAGGGCUCGAGCCACUCCCUGUAACGGGGGGCACAGCAGAGACCGAAGGUGCCUUCGAGGGAGUGGCAGCUGGGCCGCACGCUGCUCUCGCCCAGUCACUAAGAAAGGGCUUCCCAGCACACAAGCGCUCAGGCCUCCCCCUCGCACCCCCAGCGGCCAGCCCGAGAGCCAGUGGCCCCCUAAGGCAGACAGCACCUUCAGGCCCUGGCCCCAGGAGCCUCCCAGGGGACUAGCAGGUCCCCUCCCCCACACACCUCACCAAGGGCCUCCCGCAGCCGCGCACUGGGUCACAGGGCACCAGGCCAGGGAGUCUUCUUGGUCUCCUUGGCCUCUGGCCAGUUUUUCAGCCUUAACAGCACCUGGCUUUGUACUGAGAAAUAAACAUUUUCAUAGGAAGCAGCUGCCGGUUCUGUGGUGUCAGUCCUGCCUCUCUGUGUCCUGAGGAGUUGGCGCUCCCGGCUCCCCCACUGCCGCCCAGGAGUCUGCCAGACCUGUCUGGGGCAGUGCGGAGUUU